AUGUUCACCGUAACACCAGCGUGUAACCCACUUGUGAAACUCCCCCAUUUAUGCUUUCUCUUUUCCCAUCAUGCCAAUCCAGGGGACGACAGUUUUAUUCUGGAGGACUUCUGCUUCGAAAUGAACAUUCACGUCCUGGUGAGUGCAGAAAGUAGGUAUCUUCGCGACUAUUCCUAUUUGUUAGGUCGCAGAAUUGGAACCAUAGGGAUUAAUCUGGACAAUACUUGGAAUUAUUUUUCCUAUUCCUUUUUUGAUGAUAAAAUAUUGUAUACAUAUAUGAAACGAAUGGACUAUGGAUUUCACAUGGAGGAAAUAUUAAACCAAUUUCAGAAGGAUCAUAAACGUUAUGCUAUUACAAAACAUGGGCAUUCAGAUGUAUAUGCAUCUUUGAAGGAGUAUUACGAAACGUAUAUAUUAAAUAACCCCAAAAUGCAUUAUAAAAAGAAUGUUAUAAUUAUUAGUAAAUUUUUUGGAGACCAGGAACCUUCAGAAUAUUCUGAUGAAUUCAUAAAUUAUAUAAGAGACCUUAGAAGUAAAAGAUUGGGAAUUUUUUUUUACUCAGACGAUUCUGAGAAAUCCAAGCAGCUCACCUAUUAUGUCUCUGAAAUGAGUAAUUAUAGAUCCUCCAGCAUUCCUUUAGCAUAUUUCUUUAACGGCGUAAUUGAUACUCGCGCUAGAGUCAGUGUAGAGAGAUUUUGCUAUGCUUUGGAAAAUGGGGCAACUUGUGCGAGGUAUAACGAUUGGUCCGACUGGAGUGGGCCUUGUGAAUUUAGGAAAAGACAGAGAACCAUUCCCAAAAGAGUUACCCUUGAAACUUACAUCACUAGUAAGAAACACUACACUCCUCACUGUAGAAGCCUUUUCAACUAUGAACUAAUAAUCAGAGAAGAUUACAGAAGCGAAUGUACUAACGAAAUAUACGAAUGCAGAGGUAUCUGUGAUGAAGGAUAUAUGUUCAAACCAAACGUUAAAGCAUACGAAAUAUUGGAAAAAUAUGUAUCAUGUGAUGAUCUGCCAACUUGCUCACGUCAGCAAAGACAAAAAAAGCACGAUGAAAUUUAUGAAAAAUUACUAAGAAUGCUCAACAAUUAUGCAGACCAUCUGCGUGAUGAAGAAAUCCUAAAACGGAAGGCAAUGAAUAGACCAUAUGAAGGGGAAAUUGGCGAAGAGGGUGCUCACCCAAGAAUGGUCAGCGAAGCAAGUGCUCAACUAAAAGAAAAAACUGACUCGAUGCUAGAAAGGCAACACAUUCUUAUUAAAAAUCACAAGCUUAUGCUUCAGCAUAUCGAGCAGGGCGAUGAGGUAAAGGUCAUCGACGAACUUGGAAACUUCACCAUUGUGCAGAAACGCCCUGAGGAUACGCCCGAGGUGAAGGCAGAUGCAAAAGUUCAGCCAACUUCUAAUACUGCGACUGUAGAUGCGGCUACCGCUAGUAAGAAAAAUGGAGAGGAUCAAAGCGGGAGCAAUACCGUCCAAACUGCAAAUGAGGACACUGCGGACACCGGGGGGAAAGCAGAUGGAAAGGAUGAAGACGGAAUCACAACUGUCACGAUGGCAGACUCGGGCACUGCAGAAAAAACUGAUGGGAAGAAGCUCGUGGAAGGUGAAAAAAGGGGGGAUGGAAUGGGGGAUGAUGAAAAUGCUAAAGAGACCAUUAACCAGGGAAAUAAUCUCAAUCCUGAGGAGGCGAAAAAUAUACUUGAUGCAGAAGAACAGGAGGAAGAGAAAAUAGAGCAAGAAAUUCUCAAAGACAACAAUCUUGACAAAUCAGAUGAAAUCACAAAGGUGGAUACGAUUGAAACUGUUGCAAAAGAUGGAACUGCGGAAAUUUAUUCACCCAGUUUGUCCAAUGGGAGCUAUUCCCCCAAUGUGGAAGCUGGAGAAUCUACAAAUAGUGAACCAAUAAUCGCAGAAGAAAAUGACAACACAAAUUCUCAAAUUGGUGGUAGUAAAGAUCACGAGGUAAAUUCAAACGGUUAUGAUCCAUCUGAUAACGGUGCUGAUGCAAUAAAUAGUGGCCCUAGAGCAGAUGCACCGCAGGAACAUUCUGUAGCUAAUCAUAAUAAUUCACCUGUUUAUAAGAACGUGUAUGAUGGUAGAGACGAAUUGACUCAUAAACGUGAGCAAGAACCACAUGAGGAGAGUGCUGCACCGAAAAGGGAAAGCGAAACGAGUUCUGAUGAUCAGGGUGGAGAAGGUAAAAUAACGCAAGUGAACAAAGGAGCGGAAGAAGAAGGAACUGAGCGUACAGAUGUACAAGAGGAAAAUGCACAGAAAGAAAUAACUCAACAUGGUCGUGUUGAAGACGAGGCUAAAGUGCAAGAAAACGCCAAGGAACACGCGAUCGAACAAGCGAAUCAUAUCGGGAAUGACACCGAUGAAACUACUACACGAACUGACCAAGCAGGAGGAGGAACUGGGGAAGAUAAUGUGAGAUAUGUUGUAAAAGAAGGAAAUAUAAAUGAUGAGGGAGUGGUAGCGGGAGAGUUACAACAUAAACAGACUAAAGAGUUAGACUUAAAUGGGCAAGUGAGAGUUAGACAUGGAGAAGAACAUAAAAGUACGAAGGAUGAAAAAUCACUAGGAGACUUUCUAAUUAAGAACCACGUUCCAGAUGGCUCCAAAAAACAGUAUGAACUGCCAGAAGUGGAAAGUGAGGGGGAAAAAUCAACUGAGCAUAGAACAGAGUUGCACAGUGGGAACUAUGGACGAGUUAGUGGACAUAAUGAACGAACACAUGAUACGGAUGGAGGCAUAGAAGCAACUACGGAAUUUCAUGCCGUGCACGGAAUGAAGGGAAAAUCAGAAAAGAGCAACCAUUUGGUCGAAUCCGCGAUUCCAGAUGGAACCAAAACAGAGGAACAUCACACCGCCAGUCAUAGCACGGAUGGGCAUAUUUUACAAGGAGAAGGAAUAAGCACAGAUCAGUUGCACAACAAAGGAGAAAGUCAACACCAAUUUGAAGGCAAAAAAGGAAGCCAAAGUGAGCAAAAAAACAGCGAAGAUGAAGAUGCCAAUUCUGCCAACGUAUCCGAGAAUCACCUCGUUACAAGGGAGGACCAAACGGAUGACAAACAAGCGGAUGAAACGAGUCACAUGUCAAGUAAACCAAUUAGCGAGCAUAGAACUCUGGAAGAAGGCAAUGAAGGGAAAAAUUUUAUGCGUGUUAAAACAGGCAAGGAACAUUUAGUCAUUGAAAAUAAUGGGGAAGGUAGCAAAAUAUCAGGUGAAUCUACAGGAGGAGAAAUAAUAUCAGCUGACAAUACGGACAAAGGAAAAGCAUCCGAAAAGGACGUGAAUGAAGAUCAAGCACCCUAUAAAGACAUAAGGGAACAUGUGGGACAAACUGACAUGAACGAUAUGGACAAAGCAGGUAGGAACGAUGCAGAAAAUAUUGUGGAAGACAGUAAUACGAAUGAUCCCGAAGAAUUAGAAGAAACGCUGAUAGAAGACACCAUAAUAAGUCAUAACUUUGGAGAACAUGCGGACACACAUAAUGGUGAAAAAAGAGAUGAACUAUCAAGGGAAAGAGAACAGGAAGAGCAAACAGCGGGGGGGCAUAUUGAAGGAGAAGCAUUAUCUGGUAAUCAUGCAACACACAAUCAAGCAAAAGAAGAAAUUGAGGAAGAACGUAGAGCAUCAAACCAACAUGUGACAGACGAAUUGGAGGCAGAUCAUGUCCACGCGGAACAGCAAGUAGAAGAAGAAUCUGGAAGGGGACACAGGACAGAGGAUCAAACGAGUGUCGAUAGAACGGAAUCAGGGGAAUCACCCCAAAGCGACCAUUUAGCAGAUGAAACAGAGGGAAGAAAUGAAUUAGCCGGCUAUGCGGUGAAAGGGCACCAUGUAGCGGAUGAAAAUGUGGGAGAACAUUCAAACGCAGUUGAAGUGAAAGAUACACGUGAACGUGAAUUCGUGGAUGAAAUUACAGAUGAUCAUAAAGCUGAGGGUAAAAGUAAGGAUGAAAUGGUAGAUGAAAGUGCAAAUGUAGCUGAAGGCACAGAUGUGGCCACGCAUACAGAAAUAGACGAACAGAAAGACAUGAGUGAAAGUAAGCAGGGAAGUAACGAAAUAGGUCAUAACACUGAUGCAGGAGAACACAAAUCCAAUGGCGAAAGGAUGGAAGUAGCUGAAGUUAAAGGAGACCAUAUGGAUAUAGUGGCUGUUAAAAAUGAAGGGAAGCACGAAGCCAUGAAUGGGAGUGAACAUGCAGACAUUGGUGAAAGCAUGAAUGUAGUUCAAAGUGAAGAUGUGGGGGAACCUAAAGUCACUGGUGAAAGUGCAGAUGCAAUUGAAGCUACUAGUAAACAUGACGGCAUUAUAGAAAGUGGGGAAAUAGGCGAACGUACAGACGUGGCUGAGCACACAGAUGUAGGCGAAUAUGAAAAAGCAGCUGAAGUUGAAGGCGUAAAAAGGGAACAUAUAGAGGGGAGCACGGAAGAAGGUGAGACCAUAAUGGAUAAAACUAUCGAUGAAUCACUUGAAAGCAAAACAACGGAGGAAGGCGAAAGUUUUGACAUAAACAAAAAGCUCCAUGAAGUUAGCGUGAACCCCAUUGAUGGAACAGUGGGAGAAGAACUGGCAGGUGUUAGUACACAUUCUGCACAUAAUAAAAAGGGAGAAAUGACUCCAAAGGAACAUGAAGGAGUAAACACCUCAGAUCGAAAUGGUGCGAAUGAACAAAAAGUGGAAGAAAAAAAUGAACAAAUUUUAGAUUAUAGAAUAGAUGAUGAGAAGAAGGCGAGCAUAUCACCGCAUGUACAAGGUGAAGUGAGUAAAGAAACAAAUGGUGAGGUGAAGAAAGAGGUAGUAGACACAUCCACAACAGAUAGGAAAAACGAACAAACUGGUGAAGUUUCGAGUAAAACCAAUGUAGACAGAGAUUUCACAAAUAGAGAACAAAAAACGAUCGUAUUGCCAGAAGAGGAAUCGAAAAAAACUGAAUCAAAGGAAGAAAAAGCUGACGGAAAAAAUAUAAACGAAAUAAUUGAUAACGUAGUAAAUACAUAUGAUAGUAAAAAAACGGAUAGUGAAAAAGGAGAUUAUGUUAGAGAAAAAUUAGAUAUCCUUGAAGAUUUCGUAGAAAGUACCAAACAAGUGGAAGGCGGAAAAAAUGAAAACCCAUACAAGUACUACUCAGAUAUGAAGACUGUCCAUAAGAUAUUUUAUAAAAAAAAUUCCCACGGGAAAUUAGAAAAUGACAAAUAUCUUAUUGUUGGUCAGAAUAAUUUUAUCAUAGAUUCGGAUGAUACCAUAACCCCUUUUCCCCAAAAUAUGUCCACGAGGGUUAGUGAACUCCUGAAGGAGCAGAUUCAAAAGGACGUAACGAACACGCUGAAUGAGGGUGAGCAGGAGAGGAAGGUGGCCACCGAGGGGGGCGAAAACGGGGACGGAAAUAAUAACGUAGCUGAAAACGGAAAUAAUAACGUAGCCGAAAACGGAAAUAAUAACGUAGCCGAAAACGGAAAUAAUAACGUAGUUGAAAACGGAAAUAAUGACGUAACUGAAAACGGAAGUGGGAACGAAGGUGGAGACGAAAACGAGAGUCAAGACGGACGCAGAGAAAACAAACCCCACAACAGAAAUACAUUCAUGUACGGGAGCAUAAGCGCCUUCGCUGGUGGAGUUGUAAUUCUUCUGUCCAUGUAUAUUUACAGACAUGCACAGAACUACGGGUUCGCGGAAAAGGACAACCCGAAUAAUAUCGAAUACGAGUUUACAUCCGAAGUUCCGAUGAACGACGAUAAGGGCCAAGACAUAAUGUGCGGGCGAAGUGGCUACAUUGAGGAAGGCUGGUCGUAG